CUGAUGUAAAGGGGCAGUUGGGACGGGAGACACCAGAGAUCAAGCUCAGGGCACCCAAGGAGCCAUUCAGCGGCUGACCUCGUGCAAGUGACUGGAAACACAGGACUUGCAGAUGGGUCAGUAUAAGAUACAAUAGAGGACAGGGAAUCAGCUCGGCUUCCACUUCUGAAUAAGGCGUUAAAUUUGCGGAUCCUGGAGUCUCAAAAUUGACUAAAUAAGAAAGAUUGUGUUUCACUGGACUGAAGACUGUCAGUUGAGAUGUUGGGACCUUUGAUGGAAGCUGAUAUCUAUCAUCCAUGUGGCACUUCUGGCUGAAGAUUGCUUCGAAUUGCUCCAGCUUUAUCGUUCGCUCUGACAUGCUGGGAUCCCAAACAUUGAAGUUCAGGAUAAAACAAAGGAAUAAUCAGUGCUGAAAAUCUGAGACAAAAACAGAGAUUUAUGGAAAAUGCACCACAUCCAGCAGCAAUGUGGAGAGACAGCAGAGUUAACCCUUCAAGUCCAGUAAUCUUUCUUCAGAACUUUUUCAGAUACUUUGAGCUUAUCUAGCAAUUUAUGUUGUUGAAGAUGGGGAUAUUGUGGAGCUUCAUCUUCUACCAGUUUGUUUAAUUGUCUACUACUAUUCACAAUUGGAUAUGGCAGGACCUCAGAGCUUAGAUCUGAUCCUUUGAUUGCAGGAUUAUUUAACUUUGUCUUUCAUUCGCUGCUUUUGUUCUUUGGCAUGCAGAUAGUUUUUCUUUGUAGCUUCACCUCAUUUUACACCUCUUUCUUAGCUUUGCCUUGAAUAGACCCCUAUGCUCUUCUUUGAACCUUGCCUCGAUGUGAAUGGUAGAGUGGAGAUAUGCCAGGUAACAAUGUUGCAGAUAACAUUGGAGUAUGGUUCUGUUGCUGCUGAUACCAAUCCUGAGUUACUCAAUCUGUUCAAAAUCUAUCUCAUUUAGCACACCUCCAGAAGAUCAGUACUAGAAAGGAAAGAGACAGUCAACUCCAAUACAGUCUUCUAACCUUGGAAUUUGGCAUGACUCCUUCCUGGCAACAGCAGGAAUCACACAAGUUGGUUAUUAAGUAAUCGCUUGGUUUUUCAGUUUAUUACCAUGUCAAACCUCAUGAAAACAAAAAUAUUUUAUUCCAUCCAAUAAAAUCCAGCAGGCAGCAGAUGCACCAAUCUUAUUGCUAAAUUAACUUGUGAAAAAUAACCAUCUAAUUAACUCCCUGGGACCUGGCAUUAGGUAUAAUUAUCACCAAUCUUCAGUGAAUUACACAAUGUGCUCAGAGCUUCUGGCAGAAAUGCACGGAAUACCAAAGGGUCUACUGUUUUCCAUUUACUAUCCCAUCAUUGCAGUUAUCGGGAUUCCAGCUAACCUGGUUGUGAUUGUGAUCCUGUCUCAAAGAACAUGUGGUCUCUCUGGGUGUAUCACUUAUUACCUCAUCUCAAUGGCAGUGACAGAUCUCCUGGUCAUAGUUACUGCUGUCCUAUUGAACCGGAUUGCUGGGAUUUAUUUUCCGUUAAGUUUCCUUUCCAUCACCCCAUUGUGCAGUUUACGUUCUGCCCUAAUUUAUGCAUCUAUAGACAGUUCUGUCUGGUUAACAGUCACUUUUACCUUUGACCGAUUUGUCGCCAUUUCAUGUCUAAAGCUGAAAAUAAGAUAUUGCACUAAGAUGAUGGCAGCACAGGUUAUAGGAAUCGUAUCUGCCUUGAGUUGUGUAAAAAAUGCCUUCUUAUAUUUCGUAUAUGAACCUGUGUACAUAAUUAACAAUAUACCGUGGUUCUGUAGUGCAAAAUUAAUAUUUUACACAUCACCUGCAUGGGCUGCAUAUGACUGGAUGCGAUCCAUUGUAACCCCUAGUCUCCCAUUCAUUUUGAUUAUAUUGCUCAAUGCUCUGACUGUCAGACAUGUUCUAGCAGCCAAUAGAGCUCGCAGGAGAGUUCGGGGUCAGAACAAUGGAGAGCACCAGAGUGAUCUGGAGGUGGAGAAGCGGAGAAAGUCCAUUGUUUUACUUUUUGCCAUCUCCUGCAAUUUCAUCCUACUCUAUUUACUAUUCAUGGUAACAAUCCUCUAUGUUCGAAUUGCUGAUGUUACUUAUUUCUCAGGUUCUGAUUCCAGUGAAUCAACAUUCGUUCUUGAGGAAUAUGGGUUUAUGCUUCAGCUUCUGAGUUCCUGCAUCAACCCAUUUAUUUAUGCAGGAGUACAAGCUAAAUUCAGAGCAGAAUUAAUAAAUGGCGUGAAAUAUCCAUGGAGGUUAUUGCAUAAGUCACUAAAAUUGUGA